AUGUCUUAAUAAUUAGUUUGGCCAGUAUACGUGGAAAACGACGUUUGUGAAAAGUUUUGGAAUAGAAAUGAGUGUGUUUUAGAUGGAGAGAUACUCAUAACUUAGUAAAUGUGCAAAACAGAUAGAAAAACAUAAGUAAUUAAAGAGAGGACAUAUACUUUGAGUGGAAAAGGAAUCUUAUGCUAUUAGAAAAAAAGCUUAAUUAGAUGGUUGUUAUUAACUUAUAAAAUGAGUGUUAAGCUUAUUGAUUUGAAGAUUUAAAGUAAAGAUUAGGAUCUAGUUAAAGUGAUAAGACUAAAGAGAAAUUCAUAAGUAUAGGCUUAUAUUUGGAAUGCAGAUUUGUAAAAGUUUAAAAAUGAUUCUUCAGUUAGUAGACUUUCACUUUUUUCAAACGAUUAACAGCAUUUUGUAUUUGCUAAAAUUUUGAAUAGCUUUAUACAAUCUAAGAUUUAAUGGGUAAGGGUGGAUAUUCAAAAGUGUAUAAAUUGUGUCCAUUGAAUAAAUAACAAUUUUAGUAAUAAUAUUAUGCAGGCAAAGUAUAUAAUAAAAAUGAAUUGGCUUAAAAGAAAAACUUAGGUUAAUUAUCUUAAUUAGUGAAAGCAGAAUGUGAGAUUAUGAAAUAAGUUAAUUCUCCAUUUAUUUUAACAUUAUACGAAAUAAUCUAAUUAGAUGAACAAUUGAGUAAAUAUCAAAUAUAAAAUAUGUAGUUUUAAUAACUGAAUUAUUAAGAAGUGGAUCAUUGUAUAAAUUAUUAAGAGAGAAGGUUAGAAUAUAGGAAAGUGAAGCCAGUGGUAUAAUUUUGAGAGUAGCUUUGGGUUUAUAAGCAAUACAUAAGUAAAUAUAGUAAAUCUAUUCAGUCUAGGAUAUGUACAUAGAGAUAUAAAGUUAGAAAAUAUUUUAAUGGAUAAAGAUUAAAUAAAAAUUAUUGAUUUUGGAUUUGCAGAAUUAAUUAAUAGAGAAGUUUUGACAUCAGGUUAAGGUACAGUAGGAUAUAUGGCACCAGAGAUUUUUAAUAAUUAACCAUUUACAGAAUAAGGAGAUGUAUUUAGUUUAGGAGUUGUUUAUUAUUUGUUAUUAACAGGGAAACCUCCCUUUAAAGGAUUAAAUUAAGAAAACAUUGUUAGAGCUAAUAAGAAAUGUGAUAUUGAUUUUAGUGAAUAUUGUUUUGUUAAUGUGAGUCAAAAAACUAUUUAAUUAAUUAAAGGUAUGUUAUAAAAGAAUCCAAAAUAAAGAACUUCCCUUAAUGAAGUUAUACAAAAUUUGAAAAGUUAAAAUUUAUUAUUAGAUACUAUAUACAGAUCAAUAUCUGUUGAUGGAUCAUAAUUAACCAAACAAGGAUUAAGAUCUCUUUAUUUAUAGAGUCAAUGUUCUUAAGAUUCUCCUAGAAUAUAAUAAAAACAAUCAAAAUUAUUGAAUGUGACAUAAACUUUAGAUAAGUAUGCAAUCAAGGCAAGUUCAUUUCGACCUUCUCUUUAAGAUCUAAGUCGUUAUUCUUUUGAUAGUUGUGAUUUAGAAGAUAAUACAUUACCUCUAUUUGUUUUGGAAUUUCUUUAAAUUUCUAAAUUAACUAUGAAUUCAACUAAAUUUCCUUGA